AUGGACAAUCGGAAACAUAUCUGGAAAUUGCUACAACCCUUAGAGGGAGUGACGAUAAACCAGACUUUUGAUAACACAAUCACAAAUUUUGAUACAGAUAGUUUGAGAAGGAAAAAGAAUACAAAGAAUUUUAUGCUAAAUCGACAAACUACUAAUAGAAUUAACAGAAUGAAUUCAAAUGAGCAUACAAUGUAUCCUAAGGAGAAGGAUUAUUCCCAACAAAGGGUUUACAUUCACCGAGAAACUUCAGAAACUUCUGAUCCUGCUAAUACUAUGAAUAUUAUAAUAGAAGAUGUUGAGAAGAUGAACCCUACCGUUGAUUAUGACACCUUGAUGGGGAAGAGCAAGGAUAUUAAGACUAAGCAGUUUAGCAAACUGCUCAACACGACUCAAAAAUUUGUGAACAUAAAGAAGUUGAAGAAUAGCUCUGAUUAUAUUCUUAAAAAUACUCCUUUACCUAAACUGAAGUUGAAAAGGAAAAACUGUAUGAAUCUCGACACAUUAUCUUCUGAUGACUCUCUCAACGAGGUCCUUAUUGACUACAAGGUCGAUCCUACUGAAUCUAAGGAGAAGAAGACUAAUAGAGCUUUGAAGAAUUUGGUGAGGCAGACUACAACAAAAGUGUUAAAUUCAUUCAAAUCUAACCUCAGCUUAAGCAAACUUUCAACUAAAUAAAUCUGAUUUCCAGUCAGGUCUUUCUUUUGAUGACCGAAGAAAGAACAUCAAUAUUAAUUUUAGUAGGAACUAUCAGGAAAUUUCGGAUGAAGAGAGAAGUAGAUAUCCUGUGAAGUCUUCUCUGUAUCAUAAAUAAGCCAAAAGUAAUUACUAACACAAAGUGCUUGAGAUCUCCAAAGCGCAUACAUAAAUCUCCAUCUUCAGAGGACUCUCAUGUAUCUAUGGCUAAUCCAAUUAAGAAGCCAGCAGGAAAGAGUUUCAGGUCAAAUUUGGCUAAGAAAACUAUCAGAAAGAAUCAGAUACAGAUGGCCCCACAACAGCAAACAGGCUAUUGUGUUGUUUGAAAGAGUCUUCCAGGUUCUAUCAAAGGAAGGAAGUCUUUCAGGAAAAAUGGCGCAACUAGCAACCGUUGCACUUUUUGCUCUUCUAUAAAAUCUUAUGAGAUUGAAGGCGAUAACCUUAAGCAAAAUUUAUCCCAAGAUUUUCAGAUAAAUACUUUUUAUGGGAAAUAAGGUGACUGAGCUGAACGAUAUUCUGCCACUGAUUAAUCUAAGAGCAAAGCCAGGAAUGACAAAUAAGAGCAUUGAGAAAAGGGUAACUACCAAGUCAAAAGAUAAGCAAGAAUUGUCACAGAAGAAUGCCUUACUUGGUAAAAAGGGAAACCAGAAAUCAGCACGAAAGAGCUCAAAGGGUGAUAAAGAGGAGGAAAACAAGUUUGAACAAAUUGAUAGGGAAAAUAGAAUUAGAAAUAUAUUGGAGAAGGAGAUUAGUAAGGCAAGACCCCCAGUUGAAUACUGGAGAGCAAAUUUUGGUGAUAAGUUACUGUGAUUUGAGAAUAUGGACAAAUUGGAUCUUAAUUUAGAAUUGUAA